GCCGACCUAGUCAACAUGAACCUGCAUGGCGCCAGCGGAGGCCUCGACCGCUGCAGGGACAGUGACCGCCGGCGCUCCAGCGACCGCUCCCGAGACUCCUCCCACGAGAGGGGCGAGGGUCAGCUGACCCCUUGCAUCAGAAACAUCACCUCUCCCACCCGACAGCACAACAGUGAUCGUGAGCGGGGCGAGGGUGGUUCUUCCUCCAGGUCGUCAAGCCCUCGGCCGCCCAGGGCCAUGAUGUCGGUGGGGCCCAGUUGCAUCGCAGUGAGCAGCAGCAGCCUGUUCAGCAAAGAGGCCCACUGUAAGGGCCUGGGCCACGGACACGUCCACGGCCCCUGUGACCUCAUCUACGUCUAUGAGAACGCCAAGGAGGGGGCGCGCACGUUGCGGACGGCCGAGAGGGUCACUCUGAUCGUGGACAACACCCGCUUCGUGGUGGACCCGGCUAUCUUCAUUGCUCAGCCCAACACCAUGCUGGGAAGAAUGUUUGGAUCUGGGAGGGAAUACAAUUUUACCAGGCCCAAUGACAAAGGGGAAUUUGAGGUGGCAGAUGGAAUCAGCUCAACUGUUUUUAGAGCUAUCCUGGAUUACUACAAAUCUGGGAUAAUCCGCUGUCCUGAUGGUAUCUCCAUUCCCGAGCUGAGAGAAGCAUGUGACUACCUCUGCAUCUCCUUCGACUACAGCACCAUCAAGUGUAGAGACCUCAGUGCACUCAUGCACGAGCUGUCCAACGAUGGGGCGAGGCGUCAGUUUGAGUUUUACUUAGAGGAGAUGGUGCUGCCUCUGAUGGUGGCCAGCGCCCAGAACGGAGAGAGGGAGUGUCACGUAGUGGUCCUGACAGACGACGACGUGGUGGACUGGGACGAGGAGUACCCUCCGCAGAUGGGAGAGGAGUAUUCUCAGAUUAUAUACAGCACAAAACUGUACAGAUUCUUCAAGUACAUAGAGAAUCGUGACGUUGCCAAAUCAGUAUUAAAAGAAAGAGGACUUAAGAAAAUCAGACUAGGAAUUGAAGGUUACCCCACCUACAAGGAGAAGGUGAAGAAACGUCCCGGCAGCCGGCCAGAGGUAAUCUACAACUACGUCCAGAGGCCCUUCAUCCGCAUGUCCUGGGAGAAGGAGGAGGGCAAGAGUCGCCAUGUUGACUUCCAGUGUGUGAAGAGCAAGUCCAUCACCAACCUGGCAGCUGCCGCUGCAGACAUUCCCCAGGACCAGCUGGUCAACAUGCACCCUGGUCCUCAGGUGGAUGAACUGGACAUCCAGCCUCAGCCAAGUUAUCACUACGAGCCAGACCCAGAAGCCCCCUCACCGGCUGUCUGAGACUGGGCCCCCGUCCCCCUCCACUCCCCCCUCUUCUCCCUCCACAGAGCACUGUAGUGACAAGCAAGUUGGGCAGCAGAAACCACAUUGCCUUUACAAGCCUCAAAAGAUAACUGGUAUAUACUGUCAAUAGCCAAGGAAGGAGAAGCAAAGCACACAGUAAACGAUUGCCUCAUUGCACUGUCUGCACUGUUUUUUUAACUAACCAAAGGAGAUUUAUUUUUAUUAAGAAUAUUUGACGUAUUCUUUUCAUUUUGAAGGGGGAAAAAAGCAGAUUAUAUCACAAUAAACUUGUCUGUGGGUCCUCA